ACUGAUAAUUUCACUGCGAGCGGAUCCUUCCGUAUGCGCACAACUUCCCUACAAGAACGCAGCAAGAGGUAAACAUUGCAUCAUCGACUCGCUGCUGAGCCGGUAUCGUGAUGAUCAUUCUGCUGCAAAUUUGAAGAUACUGAUUAGCAUUAGGAAAAGUUACUAGUUUCAGGGAAGUGGAUUUUGGUUUAAAGACUUCAAGAUGGUUGAGUUUUCAACUGUUGCUAUAGGUGUGCUUCUAUCCCUUGAACUGGGAUACUUUGUGAAAGCUGUUGUCUAUGCUUUUGGCUCAAGGUUUCUGCUGCCAAAGCUUCAUCCUCUUGAAGCAUCAAGGUUAUACGGUAUAUGCACAACCAGAGACAUAGACUUCCUGUUGAACCACAUCAACAAUGCACGAUACCUCAGGGCAAUGGACUUUGGUCGUGUGGACCACUUCACCAGGGCCAGACUUUUAAGUGGCCUAGGAGGGAAGAAGGUGCAGGUUCUUGUUGCAGCCAGUACCAUCAGAUACCGCAAGCCAGUUUACCUCUUUAUGCCUUACAGGCUGGAAUCUCAGAUUGUUUACUGGGAUGAGCGAAAUUUAUACUACCGCCAGAACUUUGAAACGAUCCACGACAACUUCCUACGAGCAACUGCCUACGUAAAGCUAACAGUGUUGGGGUCAAGUCCAGAUGAACUCUUGACUGCCUGCCUUUCAGAAUCUCCAGAACGACCAACCAUUCCAAAUGAUCUUGAAUCUUGGAUGCUCUAUGUAAAGCAGAACAGUGAGAAUCUCAAGAAGAAAUUGUAGGAAGUUUGCAAUAUAGUCUGCUGUCUUUUGUUUUAUCCAUGUUUUAUAAUGCACACAGUCAUUUGUUCAAUUUAUUGCUGUCAUAGCCUCAAUCAAAUGGCACUCUGCAAUAUUCCUCCUUUGCAAACCAAUUUGAAAUUUAGUAUUAUCCAUGUUUGUAGUAGAUGCACUUUCUUUAAGCUAACUGUUCAAAAGCCACAAAUGGGACUGAGUGAUCCUUCAUAGUCUUACAUACUUUGUAGAUAACAUAUUUUAUUUUAUUUAUUUUAUUUUUUUAUUUUUUUUAUUUUAUUUAUUUAUUUAUUUUUUUAUCCAAGUCAUACAGUGGUUAAAUAUUGCCCAAAAUAUUUUGCUGAUGUUGCAAGCACAUUAUUAUAAUAUACUUAGACAUGGGUAACAUGGUACCUAUUUAAAAGGCAAAUAUAUUCGAAACCAGUGAUAUUUUCCCUUGUGAUGUCUCUUCAUAGUGCAAUGGUGUAUGAAUAUUCAAUGGCAUUCCUCUCUGGUACUGUCAGUCAGUUGUUAUGUACUUCUACAGGUACUGCUUCUCUUAUUUUUAUGCAUGGUCUAGUCAGUCUGUUUUAAGAACAAACUUUCUUAAUCACUCAUUUGUGUAUGACAUAGAGAAUACUGAAAACUUAUAGGAAUAUAUAUAUAUAUAUAUGAUGUGUGUUCAUUUGUUUGUUUAUUGUCAUUACAAAAGAUAAGUGUUCAUCUGCCCUGCAUAUCCAAGAGGUGGAGAUAUUACAUAGUAAACCUUUAUCUUAGACCCUGACAAGCCUUAUGUUUAGAGUUAAGCAUAUACGGAAGUUUGGAGGAAGUCCUUACAGUGCCAG